UGCUGCUGCUCCCUCCCUCCCUCCCCGGGCGCUCCUUCCUUCUAGCAGCUUCUGGGCCUGGCGGGGAGGCGGUGUUUGUGAGGCGCCGAUGGCGAAGUGGGGCGAAGGGGACCCGCGCUGGAUUGUGGAGCAGCGCGCGGACGCCACCAACGUCAACAACUGGCACUGGACUGAAAGAGAUGCAUCUAACUGGUCAUCAGAGAAACUGAAAAGUCUGUUUCUAGCUGUUAGAGCAGAGAAUGCAGAAGGGACUUGUGAAGUCACAGAAGUGAGCAAAUUGGAUGGAGAAGCCUCGAUCAACAACCGCAAAGGAAAACUAAUUUUCUUCUAUGAAUGGAACAUCAAGCUGGCUUGGACAGGCACCACAAAUACUGGUGUGAAAUACAAGGGACACGUGGAGAUUCCAAAUCUAUCCGAUGAAAAUGACGUUGAUGAAAUAGAGAUUAGUGUUAGUCUUGCCAAAGAUGAGCCAGACACAAAUCUACUAGCCUUGAUGAAGCAAGAAGGCGUAGAACAGAUCAGCAAUGCUUUGAGAACUUACAUCAGCACUCUCAAGACAGAGUUUACCCAAGGCAUGAUCUUGCCCACAGUAAAUGGUGAGCAGUCAAACCCAGCACCUCAUCCUGUGCGCAAAGGUGAUGAUCGCAAGGUCACUGAAUCUGGCAAUACUAGCAAUGCACUUAAAUCCAAAUCUGUAGGAGUCAAGAUACCUACCUGUAAGAUAACUUUGAAGGACACUUUUCUUACAUCUCCAGAUGAAUUGUACAGAGUGUUCAUUACACAAGAGAUGGUUCAGGCUUUUACCCAUUGUUCUGCAGUGGUGGAAGCUGACAAAGGAGGAAAAUUCCAGCUGUUAGAUGGCAGUGUCACUGGUGAAUUCACUGAAUUAGUUCCUGAGAAGCACAUUGCCAUGAAGUGGAGAUUUAAGUCAUGGCCAGAGGGACACGUUGCAACCAUCAACUUGACCUUCAUUGACAGAGCUGGUGAAACAGAAGUCCAUCUGGAAGGGAGGGGCAUCCCAGCCAGAGAAGAAGAGAGAACAAGGGAGGGCUGGCAACGUUACUACUUUGAGGGCAUUAAACAGACAUUUGGCUAUGGAGCCCGAUUGUUUUAACGCUGGCUAAUGCGGAGAGUCUCUACCCAAAGAUUCUACCGUGUGAACUGAUUUGCUUCUUGUCUGUCCCUUUCUUACCUCUGUUUCACUGUUGUGACAAGCAGGAUGGGAGGAUGGCCUUGAAGGCCACUGUGCAGCGCAGAGUCCAGCCCUUCACUGUUUGUGUAUGUCUCCUGCUGCAGGGGAUUCAAAGGUGGAUUCUCAUAAAUGUACAUACACCUGUAUUGCUAAAUAAACAUAACUUAAAGAA